UGAGGCGCUGGCCGGGCCGGGCAGGGCCGGGACAGGGGCGGCGGCGGCGGCGGCGGCGGCGGCGGGCCGGCCCCGGGAUGGCGAUGUUCCGCAGCCUGGUGGCGUCCGCUCAGCAGCGGCAGCCGCCGGGCGGGCCUGCGGGCGGCGACAGCGGUUUGGAAGCGCAGUACAGUUGCCCUAUCUGCCUAGAGGUCUACCACCGGCCCGUGGCCAUCGGCAGCUGCGGCCACACGUUCUGUGGGGAGUGCCUCCAGCCGUGCCUGCAGGUGCCAUCCCCCCUGUGCCCGCUCUGCCGCCUGCCCUUCGACCCCAAGAAAGUGGACAAGGCCACCCACGUGGAGAAGCAGCUCUCAUCCUACAAGGCGCCCUGCCGAGGCUGCAGUAAGAAGGUGACCCUGGCCAAGAUGAGGGUGCACGUCUCCUCGUGCGUGAAGGUCCAGGAGCAGAUGGCCAGCUGUCCCAAGUUCGUCCCUGUGGUGCCCACGUCCCAGCCCAUCCCCAGCGCCGUCCCCAACAGGUCCACCUUCGCCUGCCCGUACUGUGGCGCCCGCAACCUGGACCAGCAGGAGCUGGUGAGGCACUGUGUGGACAACCACCGCAGCGACCCCAACCGCGUGGUGUGCCCCAUCUGCUCGGCCAUGCCCUGGGGUGACCCCAGCUACAAGAGCGCCAACUUCCUGCAGCACCUGCUCCACCGGCACAAGUUCUCCUAUGACACCUUCGUGGACUACAGCAUCGAUGAGGAAGCCGCCUUCCAGGCUGCCCUGGCCCUGUCUCUCUCCGAGAACUGAAGGUGCCGCGGCGCCGAGCCCUCGCCUCCAGGGACAGGGCCCGCCAGCCCCCUGGGGCCCAAGCCUGCCCGGGACCGCGCCUCAGGGCUGCAGGAGGAGAGGCCGCUCCAUCCCACCGCCUGGGCUCCUGCUGAGUCGCACCGACUCCUCGGUGCUUCGGGCCAAGCAGGUGGCCUCGCGGCCCGGCCGCCUAGACAGAGCGCAGCGUCUGUCUCAAAGCCAUGCCGUCCUCCCCCCCGUGGAGAGGACCGCUCCGGCCGCCGGGCAGGGAGGCACGGAGGGGGCGUCCAGCCUCGUGCCCUCGGUACCGGCUUUUGUGAUACCCAGAGGUUCCGGCACUUUUCUACGUUACCCGCUGGGCUACCUUCUCACAUUUUGUAGAAGCAGAGACACGGCAGUUACUCUUCAUGUCGCAAUACCUGUGUUUGACUAGGAACAAUAGUAUUUUUAUGGAACGUUUACAAAAUUAUAUUUUUUAAAAAAAUCAAAAAUGAACGGUCGUGGGAUCAGGGGUUGGCAGAGGCACAGGCGGGGCAACUGCCGCUGACACAGCGAACGCAGGGUCUCACUCUGUGCAGGGACCGGGGUGGCUGUGUCCCCAGGUCACCUCAUCAUGUCCCAAGGUCCCUGUGGCUGCUCUGUCCGUUGCCCGCGACAGGAGCAAGAAGAAAUCCCGACGCCUGGCCACCUGCGGCGGUGGCUGGGCCUGCUCCUGGCCUCCCCAGAGUGCAGGGGCUUCCUCCCACCGGAUCCUGGCCUCCGCCCCGCUGUCACUGUUCCAGAGCUGACCACGGCCCGCUGCAGGCAGGGCCACACCCAGCGGUGGCAGAGCGCAGGGGGCCCGGGGCAAAAACUGCUCAUCAGCACUCUUGUUUGGUUCAUGGCAUAAAUUAUUGCUGUCGUAAAAAAAAUUAAACAAAACAUUUCAGAGCA